AUGUCAUCCAUUGGGUCUGGGUAUGAUUUAAGUGCUUCACAGUUUUCUCCUGACGGUCGUGUAUUUCAAGUUGAAUAUGCCAAUAAAGCCGUUGAGGCUAGCGGGACUGUUAUUGGUCUUCGAUGUAAAGAUGGUGUUGCAUUUGCCGUAGAAAAAAUAAUUACAUCACGUUUAUAUGAAAAGGGCUCAAGUAAACGGAUUCAUAAUGUUGAUAAACAUAUUGGCAUGGCUGUUGCCGGUCUUUUAGCAGAUGCGAAACAAAUAUUGACUGUUGCACGUGAUGAAGCAAAACAAUAUAAAUAUGAUUAUGGUGUAUCGAUUCCUGUUAAAUAUUUAGCUGAUCGUCUUUCAAUGUACAUGCACGCCUAUACAUUAUAUGGAUUUGUUCGACCGUUUGGUUGUCAAGUUUUUUUGGCUUCAUAUGAACAUGAUGGACCACAGUUGUAUGCUGUUGAACCGUCUGGCGUUAAUAAUGUACUUAAGAACUUAUUCAUUAAUUUGAGUUCUAACUCCUUUUUCAGUUUUACAUUGAUAAAAUCUGGUUAUUUUGGAUGUGCUGUUGGCAAAGCUCAACAAACAGCAAAAACAGAAAUCGAAAAACUAAAGUUAACUGAUAUGAAAUUAGAAGAUGGUAUUAAAGAAGCAGCAAAAAUUAUUUAUCAAGUGCAUGAUGAAGUUAAAGAUCGUAUGUUUGAACUUGAAUUAAGUUGGGUAGGCAAAAAUACAGAAGGCAAGCAUGAGAGAGUGCCUACCAACGUUUAUGAAGAUGCUGAAAAAUAUGCAAAAGCAUCACUAGAAGAAGCCAGUGACGAUGAGGACGAAAUGUAA